AGAUUACACUUGAUUGAACUUAUAGUUAUCUGCUCAGCAUACAAAUUAACGGCAUGAUUACUAUAUAUGAUUUCUUGUACACUCUCAUCGUUCUGCUGUAAUCUCAGUUUCACUGUUAAUUCUGUAUGAAUUAAAGCUUAAUUGGUAGCAUUGUACUGUAAUCGCUCCGUCAAAGCUUUGUUUUUUAUUCUCGAGUUUAGUGUCAUUUCGACUUUAAAUUGUUGUGGUAUUGUUUUGUAAAUUGUUUUUUUAAUUAGUUAGAGUCGACUGUGAGCUAAUUAUUAAUAAUGCGUUUAUUAAUAAUUUUAUUGUGUUUUGCGGUGGGAAUUCACGGUGCUACCAAUGGUACCGCUAAUCUAAUGUGCUAUUACGAUUCCAGGAGUUUUACACGUGAAGGUUUGGGUAAACUAAGCGUAGCUGAUCUGGAACUUGGCGUACAAUUCUGCUCUCAUUUGAUAUACGGUUAUUUGGGAGUUAAUCCGAAUACGUAUCAAGCGUACAGUCUGCAAGAGGAUUUAGAUAUUCAUAGGCAUCAGUUUUUUGAGGUUACAGCUCUUAAGCAGAAAUAUCCGCAUCUAAAAGUUUUACUAAGUCUUGGCGGCGAUGCGGAUGUUGAUCCAGAUCACCCCAAUAAAUACAUGGAGCUACUAGAAGGCGAUCGUAACAGGCAGGUAUCUUUUAUGACUUCCGUACUGCAUUUGAUACGUUCGUAUGGCUUUGAUGGCUUGGAUUUGGCCUAUCAGUUCCCCAAGAAUAAACCACGCAAAGUGCACUCAGAAAUUGGAAUGUUAUGGAAGAAAUUCAAGAAAGUUUUUACGGGUAAUUUUAUAGUAGAUCCCAAAUCUGAUGAGCAUAAGGAACAAUUUACAACUAUUGUCCGAGAUUUACGUAAUAUUCUACACGCCGAUGGGUAUUCAUUGAUGCUUACGGUUCUACCCAAUGUUAAUUCGUCAUGGUACUUUGAUGUUCCGGCCAUUGCUGGUUUUGUAGAUUACGUGAAUUUAGCCGCUUUUGAUUUUCUAACACCUGAGCGCAAUCCAGAAGAAGCCGACUACACUGCUCCGCUUUAUGAACUGCAAGAAGACAAUCGUUUGCCUCACUACAAUGCUGAUUUUCAAAUUAAUUACUGGCUGCAACAUCAAUUUCCAGCCAAUAAGAUUAUCUUAGGUAUGGCUACUUAUGGACGAGCCUGGCGUUUAAGUUCAGAUUCUGGCUUGACGGGAACACCAGUGGUCUCAAAAACCGAAGGCCCUGCUCCAGCCGGCUUGCAAAGCCAAAUGCCUGGCUUAUUAAGUUGGCCGGAGAUUUGUGCGAAACUUCCCAACGACGUUAACAGGUAUUUGAAGGGAGCCGAUGCUCCCUUGAAUCGUGUUGGAGAUCCAACUAAGCGUUAUGGCGUUUUUGCUUAUCGCCCAGCCAACAGUGAUGGCGAACAUGGCAUCUGGAUAAGUUACGAUGAUGCCGAAUCAGCUGCCAAUAAAGCCGGUUAUGUACAUUCGAAAAAUCUUGGCGGCUUAUCGCUGUUCGAUUUGAGUUAUGAUGAUUUUCGCGGUUUAUGCACGGGAGAUAAAUAUCCGUUAUUACGAGCUGCUAAGUACCGUUUGUAAUUAGUUGAGCAAAUAAAAUAUUUAAAUAAAGAGAGCACACUGCAAUUCUUCCAUACUUUAA